AUGGAGUUCUCUGGUGGUAAAAGGGACGUGGUAGAUCCUGAAGUUAGAGCUUAUGUGAAUAGUUUGGUUACAGCUUUGGGAGGAAGCGGAGCAGAUGAAGAGGGACGAUACGUUCUGGGAGAUGAUGCAUUGGCAUGUUUACGAGAUCUCAAAAAAUGGCUAAAGCUCUAUGACGAGAAAGCGAAUCGAUUAGACGUUGCAAGAUGUCUCGCAGAAUCCAAUUUGGUAGGAGGAGAUCUUCUACAAAUCCUCGCAGCAUGGCCCGAGAAUGCCACGGACGAUCGAUUGAAGUCGAAGAUAGCGCUGGCAUGUAUGGAAUUAUUGGUACCAUUAACUUGGCCAUUGGAUAAGAACAAGGAAAUGACAGUCAAUCACCACCGACACGUACCAUAUUUGGAGAUUGCGCAAGUGGGAUAUAAGAGGUCGAUACUUGGUUUCGAUGGAGCAAGAAUAUUACAUACUGCGGUCAGAUGCGCACUGCCAGCCAUGGCCGUGGAUAUUGGAGAUCGAAGUACAAGAGAUGAGGGUAUCGUCAAAUUGAUUUUAUACUUUCUGCGGAAUAUCGCUAUGAUUGCACCUCCACCAAAUGGUCAAUAUGAAGGCGAUGAAACGGAAAUCUCACGAUCUGCGACAAUUGAUGCUUUCGACUACCAAGACAUAUUUCAUCUCCUUUUGAUGGUGUGUUCAACAAUGGGGGCAGAAUUCAACACCCAGGACGUUGUGGUCAUGGACGUUAUCUUCCAUUUGGUCAAAGGAGUAGAUGUCGAAAAGUUAUUCUUCAGCGAGAAGGCCAUGGACAAUAGCAAAACAGAUGAGCUGGUUAGAUUACGGAAGAAAGAACAAGCAAUGCUUCGAAGUUAUCAAACGAAUGCUCCCACGAGACAUAACCGAUUCGGAACUAUGGCCUGGAUGCAGCGAGAUGAUGCGAAAAUGACCACAAUCUCUGGCCAGGCCGCGCUAAGAACGGGAAGAGGAGGACUUGAUAAAAUGGAUAGCACUAAGAAGUUCAAACCGCCUAGGAGAGCAGUCAAGGGAGAAAGUGGACCGCUAGCUUUUGACAAUCCAGUUCCUCUCAAUGCAUCAGCGACGAACAAUUUACGGGCAUUUGUUGAGGAAUUUCUCGAUUCUGGAUUUAACCCCCUUUUCACUCACCUUCGAAAAGCCAUUGACAGAGAAGCUGAAAGAGUGCUUGAAUAUCAUCAACGCCAAUUCUUCUACUUGAUUUCGUGGUUUCUUGAGGCGGAAAGAGUGAGGAGAAAGAGCAAGAAGCCUUCUAGAAGUAAAGUUCCAGAAGAGGUGGAUAGUUUUGCCCUGGUUGCAAGUGUGCUCAAUCAAGAGAUGUUCAUCACACUCAAUAGGGCGAUGGAUCUUAAUUUUGAGAACAAAAACUGGUAUGAUUUGAGUGCAGCCAUGAAAUGCUUCACUCAAAUUCUUCUCACCGUUCAAGAGAUGGCAGAUUCACCUCUUGAGGCCGACCAGGAAAUUGCGGAGAAUAUUCUGGCACGUAUAUUCUAUGAGGACACAACCCACGAGCGAGUGGCUAUGAUAACCAGAACCGAUAAAGACCAGGGAUUUGGUUAUCUUGAUUCUUGCACAGAGCUUACACAUAAUUAUAUGCGUAUCCUGGAACAGUACUCGAAACAAAAUGUUGAUAUGCAAGUAAGAUCUAGGAGACGCACACGGAGAAAGAAGAAGGCUGCUAAAGAUGCAGGAGAAGAUAUAGGCGAUGACAAUAUAGUUGAUGAAUCUGAUGGUGAAGAUGAGGCACGAGCACAGAAAGAAUCCUCAGAGCGGAAGUUCGAUUAUAAACGCUUCGCUGCUAGAUUUCUGUCUCAAGGCUGUAUCGAUACAUUUGUCUCUUUCACGAAGUAUUAUCUUGAUCUAAAACCAGCCCAAUUGAAGCGAGCUCACAGAUUCUUCUACCGAGUAGCCUUCAAGCAAGAUAUGAGUGUCAUGUUGUUUAGAGUCGAUAUUAUACAUUUGUUUUAUACUAUGAUCAAAGGUCCAGGAGGCUUAGAUCCUCAAUCACCUUCUUACAAAGAGUGGGACGAAAUGGUAAAGCAACUAUUGAAGAAAUGCACGAGAAAAAUCCAAGAGCGUCCGGAGCUUGUUGUGGAAAUGCUCUUUUCUAAAACCAAUAGCACUGCGCAUUUCUUGGAAUAUGGCUAUGAAAAACAGACGAUAUCUACAAAACCUAAAGCAGCAGCUGAGUUAGAAGUAAAGGGUGGAUUAGAAUGGGAGGAUCAAAUUGGUGUUGCUGUUGCCGCUUUACUUGAUAGAAAUGAAGCUGAACAUAUCGAAUGGGUUAAGUCGCAACUAUCAUCUGCAGAGGAUGAAAGGAGAAGUUGGGAGGCGGCCAAUCAGGCUUUGCAAUCCGUUGAGAAAGAUCCACUUGUGGAGAAUGAAGAGACUCAUGCCACAGAGGUCGAACCUCCAAAGGCGCCUUCUAUCCUUCUCAAACCAGACAAUGACGAUCGAAAAACGGCUAUGUUCAAGAAUGGCUAUUUGCGCCUAUUGGUAAAGCUCGUUGGUCUCACUAGUAUUGGACCCGCCGACGACCCCGAUGCCUCCUGGUAUUUCCCAUCGGCAAAGUCAGCAGAUCAGAUAAAAGAAGCCCUAGAUUUAAUCAAGAAAUUCGAGUUUGCCCCGCCAACCUUCGACGAUGGUAAAGGAGCGCUUGACCAGAUAAGAAGAGUGUCUGCUGGGAUCAACAGGAAACGAUCUGCAUUCGAUGAUGAUUCAGAUGACGGCAUUGAUAACGAUGAAGAAGAAGAGGAACUACUCUUCCAGCCCGGUGGACCUACAGCAAUGAAAAAAUCAAAUGCUUUGAAAGCUCUAAAGAAAAGUCGAAGAAGACGCAGAAAGGAUGGAAGUGAUGAACCCGAAAGUCGCGGGCUAACAGAUGAGCAAAUUGAAGCUCGGGCAGCAGCUAGAAGAGCGAGAGAGUUAGAAAAGAACCGCAAAAUUAAGAGUGAACUAUAUGUUCAUGAUAGUGACGAUGACAAAGAGAAUGAUCGAAUAUUCUUUGAAGCAGAGGAGAGGCUUAGGCAGCAGAAUAAGAUAACUAUCAUGAAGGAGUUAUUGGGGGUCGGUCAGCAAAGGGAAAGUGGAAAGAAGAGGAUGGCAGGUGCGUUAGAAGGGGAGGGAGACGGAGAUAGCGAUGAAGUUAUGGCUAUGACCUCGAACAAAAAGAGGGCAAGCAGCGCGAUUUCGCUGGAUAGUGAUGAAGAGGGUGGUGUAGGUGCAAAUGAUCCAGAAUCCGAAGAGGAAGAAGCAGAUAAUACGGACACUCCAAUAUCGAGUCCACAUAGAUCAGCAGAGCCAAAAAGGCGCAAAGUGUUGAGCGAUGACGAUGAUGAUGAGCCUUUGGCGAAAGAUGCGAUGGAGAUAGAUGAUGAGGAUGAAGAAAAUAUUGUACCAGUGGCGAAUUCAAGGAGACCGAGAGUUAGAGCAGGCUUUAUUAUGGAUAGUAGUGACGAUGAAUGA